AUGACUCGAGCCAGCCAGCAUAGUUGGCUUGUCGAUGGUGGCUUUGAUAUUGCUCUAGAUUACUGUUUUCUGGCAUGUCUGCUAGUCCACAACUCGUGCAUCCUGGCCGGGGCCAGUGGAAGGCCUGCUGUAUGGAAUGCGUCACACGUUCGAGCUUAUGUCACGGCCCAGGCCUGGACCCUUCACUUCGCAAGAUUGCUGGCCGCGGUACAAGAGGUUGUCAAGCCCCUAUAG